AUGUUUCGAACUCCUCCUCGAAAAAGAGAAAUCAUAUCAUGUUUCAAAGAUAUCUACAUUUCUUGGUUACAGUUUAAACGACUUUCUUGCAACUCGUUUUUGCUUUCAUUUCACUUCCAAUCUCUUCUUCUUUCUCUUACUUAUGACUUUGAUGCUCUUCUGUUUCGAUUCGAAAUCAAACUUCUGUGCAACAUUUUAAAUUUCGAUGAUCAUCGAACUUAUCCCUAA